AUGGCGACUAAACAGUUAACUUUGGGAAGCUCGCUGCCCGUACCCAACGUUCAGGAGCUGGUGAAGGAGCCCAUGAACUCUAUCCCAACUCGCUUCAUUCGUCCUGAUCAAGAACCUCCAAUCAUUUCAUCUGAUGCUGCCUCACUACUCCCUGCAGUUCCUGUGAUUGACUUGCAGAAACUACAACUCUCAGGAGAAUCCAUGGACGCAGCACAACGGGCAAAGCUACAUUCUGCAUGCCAAGAAUGGGGUUUCUUCCAAGUUGUAAACCAUGGAGUCAGCUCUUCACUGGUGGAGAAAUUAAAAAUUGAGAUUCAGGAGUUCUUCAAGCUACCAAUUGAAGAGAAAAAGAAAUUCUGGCAGUUACCAGGAGAUGUGGAGGGCUUUGGGAAUCAAUUUGUUAUAUCUGAGGAGCAAAAACUUGAUUGGGCAGACAUGUUUUUCAUGCGAACCCUCCCAACAUACACAAGGGUGCCCCACUUAUUUCCCAACCUUCCCCUCCCACUCAGAGAGACAUUGGACUCUUAUGCGUUAGAGAUGAAAAAGCUUGCGAUGACUUUGUUAGAAGAGAUGGCAAAGGCUUUGAAGAUGGAUGCUAUAGAGAUGAGAGAGUUAUUUGAAGAAGGGAUGCAGUGUAUGAGGAUGAACUACUAUCCUCCAUGUCCUCAACCUGAGAAAGUAAUUGGCAUUUCACCUCACUCAGAUAUCUCGGGCUUAACCAUUCUCCUUCAAGUUAAUGAAAUUGAAGGCCUUCAGAUAAGAAAAGACGGGAUUUGGGUUCCAGUUACGCCUCUUCCACAUGCUUUCGUAGUGAAUAUUGGAGACACCAUGGAGAUUUUAAGCAAUGGGACGUACCACAGUAUUGAGCAUAGGGCAACAGUGAAUUCUGUUAAAGAGAGGCUCUCCAUCGGAACAUUCUACAGUCCAAAACUUGAUGGAGAAGUGGGUCCUGUACGAAGCUUGAUCACCAGAGAUAGACCAGCUUUGUUUAGAACAGUAGGAGCUGAGGAGUUCUCCAAGUCGUUCCUUACAGUGAAACUUGAAGGGAAAAGCUACGUUGAGUUCAUGAGGAUUCCAAAUGGAGAAGGCAGUGUUAAUUGA